CGAUAUUCGCACCUCAUUCUUAUAUCUUCUAAGAAGAUCUCUGCAAGACCUGAGGAGCAGCAGGGAUUGGGAAAACGCUGUCUUACCACAAAACCUUGCUGCUUCGCGGAACAGUAAAUGCGAUCUGCUCUUUAUCGAAACCUGAAGGGGGGAUGCUGUUUGCGAGAUAGUAGAGCGGGAGCAGGCACUACUGGAACCCACUGAAAGCCUCUGGGAAUUCCAGCUUUAAUUUGUUUGCGUUGCCGGUCCCGUGGUGUGGGACCAGCGCAAUUGCGAUCGCAUCCUCCAUUGUAACGUCGUCCCAAGAUGGCAGCCAAGCGAGUCUCUGUCCUUGCAAUCCGUUGUCAAGGCAUGAUGGGUAGGCUGCUGAAGAAGCCGAAUUGUUCGUAUCCGAAGGGUUUUUACGCGUUCCAUGUGGAGCCAGAAGAAGCUUGUUUGCAGCAGCAAGCUGUUGCAUUGAGUGAACAAAUCUCCUCAAGGCAUAAUUUGAGGACACAGCGAUAUGGUCCCGGGCAGUGUCGUGGAGUGGCGGACAACUCUCAACUCAUCAGCGAUGCAUCAUCCUCUAUCAUCAGCGUUGCUGAGCGAAAGGAUGCUGAUCGCCGUACCACCAGCGUGUUGCCUUCACAGCGUAUGGGAAAUCGCUUUCGAAGGCUGUCCACUCAGAGCUCGGUUGAUAAGGAUGAGAUCCGGAAGUUUGCGGCACUUGCGGAUCAAUGGUGGGACAGCAAGGGACCUUUUGCGGAGCUGAUGCGAAUGAACCCUGCUCGACUGUCGUUUAUCCGCUCUGCGAUUUGUCGGUACUACGGGAAAGACCAGAACAGCCCGAAACCGCUCGCGGGUAUGACAGCGGUGGAUGUAGGCUGCGGAGGCGGUUUUCUCUCGGAGUCUCUGGCAAGACUUGGAGCAACUGUUACUGCUAUUGAUGCUACGCAGGAGAACCCAGUGGUCGCGGCAGCUCAUGCAGCCCGAGACCCCGUUACAGCGAUGAUCGAGUUCAGGUGUGCGACCGCAGAGCGCCUCGUUGAGGAGGGGAAAACUUUCGAUAUAGUCGCGUCUCUUGAGGUCAUCGAGCACGUAGCCGACCCGAUGGCAUUUUCUGCCUCUCUGGGUGCUCUGUGCAAGCCCGGCGGGGCGAUUUUCGUCUCUACUAUGAAUCGCACAUUGGCCUCAUACUUGUUGGCUAUUGUGGCUGCAGAAAGAGUCCUCCGUUGGGUUCCAAUGGGCACACAUGACUGGCAGCGAUUCAUUUCUCCUGAGGAGCUGACACUCAUGCUGAACAGGGCGGAUGCGGAGGUGCAAGAAAUUGCAGGAAUGCAGCUAAGCUUGCCAUGGAGAAAAUGGGAGCUGUGCCAACAAACAGGUGUCAACUACAUAGCUUUUGCAACUAAACUAGGGGAAACUGGGGCUCGCACACCUGGCGGAAAACCUGCAGAUAUGAAAAGUUGAGCUUGCUAUCAAAGGUAUAAGGGCUGGGAAGUUUGGGCAGAAAGAAUACCAGUGGUCUGGUGGUGGCGGCGUGGGUGAUUAAAUCU